UUUUGUUCUUCCUUACGCAGAUUCACAGACCAAAAACUGUGUCUCAGAGAGAAAAUGGCAAAGCUAUCAUUCGUUUCUCUAACUAUUUUUCUUUUCAUUUUCAACAAUCUCCUUCCUUCUUAUGCACUCUACGGUUCUUCCUCACCCGUUCUUCAGCUCACUCCCUCCAACUUCAAGUCCAAGGUUCUGAAUUCAAAUGGAGUUGUUCUUGUUGAAUUCUUUGCUCCAUGGUGUGGACACUGUAAGGCUCUUACUCCUAUAUGGGAGAAGGCAGCUACUGUAUUAAAGGGUGUAGUUACUGUGGCAGCACUUGAUGCUGAUGCUCACCAGUCUCUUGCUCAGGAAUAUGGGAUUAGAGGAUUUCCAACUAUAAAGGUGUUUGCACCUGGAAAACCACCGGUUGAUUACCAAGGAGCCAGAGAUGUCAAACCAAUCGCAGAAUUCGCACUUCAACAGGUAAAGGCGCUUUUGAAGGAGCGAAUAAAUGGAAAAGCGACAGGGGGAUCGAAUGAAAAAUCAGAAACAAGUUCUUCUGCUUCGGUAGAAUUAAACUCUCGUAACUUUGAUGAAUUGGUUGUCAAAAGCAAAGAACUUUGGAUUGUAGAAUUUUUCGCACCUUGGUGUGGACAUUGUAAAAAAUUAGCUCCUGAGUGGAAAAAAGCGUCCAAUAAUUUGAAAGGGAAGGUUAAGCUGGGUCAUGUUGACUGUGACGCCGAAAAGUCUCUAAUGAGCAGGUUCAACGUUCAAGGAUUCCCAACAAUCUUGGUAUUCGGGGCUGAUAAAGAUACUCCAAUUCCUUACGAGGGUGCAAGAAGCGCCUCAGCUAUCGAAUCAUUUGCAUUAGAGCAGCUGGAAACAAAUGUUGCUCCACCGGAAGUGACAGAGCUACAUAGUGCAGAUGUUCUGGAAGAGAAAUGCGGUUCUGCCGCUAUCUGUUUUGUUGCCUUCCUUCCCGACAUUUUGGAUUCCAAGGCCGAGGGGAGAAACAAAUACCUUCAGCAGUUAUUAUCAGUUGCAGAGAAAUUCAAAAGGAGUCCUUACAGUUAUGUUUGGGUAGCUGCCGGAAAGCAGCCAGAUCUUGAGAAGAAUGUGGGUGUUGGUGGCUAUGGUUAUCCAGCUUUAGUAGCCCUAAACAUUAAGAAAGCUGUUUAUGCUCCUCUCAAGAGUGCUUUUGAACUUGAACAUAUUAUAGAAUUUGUGAAAGAAGCUGGACGCGGUGGCAAAGGGAAUUUACCUCUAUCAGGCACUCCUACCAUUGUAAAGACAGAACCAUGGGAUGGAAAAGAUGGAGAAAUAAUUGAGGAAGAUGAAUUUUCUCUUGAAGAACUCAUGGGAGAAGAUGCCUCAAGCAAAGAUGAACUAUAGUGAAUCACGCUGAGCAAAUGAUACGAAAGUAGUGGUUUUUAAGUCACCACCAUUUUAUGCUAGAGAAAAUGAUAGUUAUGUAGAAUAUAAAAGGGAAAUGUGUUUGUUUGUUAUGAUGAGUUAAAUACUAGUUUAGUGAUGAGGGAUCUCUUGAGGAGCAUCAUGUGUCAUUCAAUGGUACAACAUAUCUCAGGAAAAUGUAAGCAUGUUUUGCUAUUUUCUUUUUUUUUUCUUCCUAUUAAUGAACAAUUGAACAUCAGUUAACUAAGUACAAACUUCAGAACUAUGAAACAUUGAUUUGUCUUUUAUGAAUUAUUGGGUAAUGCUGUUGAGACC